AGUACACAUGGAUGAGCACCGAGAAGAGCAAAUUGUGCAGUUACUGAAUUCUGUCCAAGCUAAGAGUGAUAAAGAUUCAGAAGCACAAAUAUCCUGGUUUGCUCCUGAGGAUCAUGGAUAUGGUACUGAAAUUCCUACCGAGAACAAACCAAGCUCAGAGAAGAAACUUGAGGACCAGAAAAAGAAAUUGAUAGACCAAGAAAAAGUAACAUUUAAAAGCAAGGACAGAUCAUAUAUUGAUCGUGAUUCUGAAUAUCUCUUGCAAGAAAAUGAACCAAAUGUAACCUUAGAUCAACAACUGUUAGAAGAUUUACAGCGGAAAAAAACUGACCCUCGAUAUAUCGAAAUGCAGCAUUUCCGGGAAAAGUUGCCAUCAUAUGGAAUGCAAAAGGAAUUGGUAGAUUUGAUUGCUAACAAUCAGGUAACGGUAAUAAGUGGUGAAACUGGUUGUGGAAAAACCACGCAGGUUACUCAGUUCAUUUUGGAUAACUACAUUGAACGAGGAAAAGGAUCUGCCUGCAGGAUAGUUUGUACUCAGCCGAGAAGAAUCAGUGCCAUUUCUGUUGCUGAGCGAGUGGCUGCAGAAAGGGCUGAGUCUUGUGGCGGUGGUAACAGUACUGGCUACCAGAUUCGUCUCCAGAGUCGGUUGCCACGGAAACAGGGCUCAAUCUUAUACUGUACCACCGGAAUCAUCCUUCAGUGGCUCCAGUCAGACCCGCAAUUAACCAGUGUGAGUCAUAUUGUCCUUGAUGAAAUCCAUGAACGAAAUCUACAGUCAGACGUUUUAAUGACUGUUAUUAGAGAUCUUCUCACUUCUCGACCUGACCUGAAAGUAAUAUUGAUGAGUGCCACAUUGAAUGCGGAGAAAUUUUCAGAAUAUUUUGGUAACUGUCCGAUGAUACACAUACCUGGUUUCACUUUUCCAGUUGUGGAGUAUCUUUUAGAAGAUAUAAUUGAAAAAAUAAGAUAUGUCCCAUUACAAAAAGAACACAGAUCCCAGUUUAAGAAGGGUUUCAUGCAGGGGCAUGUAAACAGACAAGAAAAAGAAAAAAAAGAAGCCAUCUACAAAGAACGUUGGCCAGAUUAUGUAAGGGAACUUCGGAGAAGGUAUUCUGCAGGUACUAUAGAUGUUUUAGAAAUGGUGGACGAUGAAAAAGUUGAUCUGAAUUUGAUUGCUGCCCUUAUCCGACACAUUGUUUUAGAAGAAGAGGAUGGUGCAAUAUUAGUGUUUCUACCCGGCUGGGACAAUAUCAGUAGCUUACAUGAUCUCUUGAUGUCACAAGUGAUGUUUAAAUCAGAUAAGUUUCUCAUUAUACCUUUACAUUCACUGAUGCCAACAAUUAAUCAGACACAGGUAUUUAAAAAAACUCCUCCUGGUGUUCGGAAAAUAGUCAUUGCUACCAACAUUGCAGAGACGAGCAUUACCAUAGAUGAUGUAGUUUAUGUGAUAGAUGGAGGAAAAAUAAAAGAGACACACUUUGACACUCAGAACAACAUCAGUACGAUGUCCACUGAAUGGGUCAGUAAAGCAAAUGCCAAACAAAGGAAAGGCCGAGCUGGCAGAGUUCAACCUGGCCAUUGUUACCAUCUCUACAACGGUCUUAGAGCAAGCCUUCUAGAUGACUAUCAAUUGCCAGAAAUUUUGAGAACUCCUUUGGAGGAACUUUGCUUACAAAUAAAGAUUUUAAGGCUUGGUGGAAUUGCAUAUUUUUUGAGGAGAUUAAUGGAUCCACCAUCAAAUGAGGCAAUAUUACUGUCCAUAAAACACCUGAUGGAACUGAAUGCUUUGGAUAAACAGGAAGAAUUGACCCCUCUUGGAGUCCACUUAGCACGUCUACCAGUCGAGCCACAUAUUGGAAAAAUGAUUCUCUUUGGAGCUCUGUUCUGUUGCUUAGACCCAGUACUCACUAUUGCUGCUAGUCUCAGCUUCAAAGAUCCCUUUGUCAUUCCAUUGGGAAAAGAGAAGAUUGCAGAUGCAAAAAGAAAAGAAUUGGCAAAGGAUUCUAAAAGUGACCACCUCACAGUUGUGAAUGCAUUUGAGGGCUGGGAGGAAGCUAGGCGACGCGGUUUCAGAUAUGAAAAGGACUAUUGCUGGGAUUAUUUUCUGUCUUCAAACACCCUCCAGAUGUUGCAUAAUAUGAAAGGACAGUUUGCUGAGCAUCUUCUUGGAGCUGGAUUUGUAAGCAGUAGAAGUCCUAAAGACCCAAAAUCUAAUAUAAAUUCAGAUAAUGAGAAGAUAAUUAAGGCUGUUAUCUGCGCUGGUUUAUACCCCAAAGUUGCUAAAAUCCGGCCAAAUUUGGAAAAAAAACGAAAACUGGUUAAAGUGUACACAAAAACUGAUGGGUUAGUGGCCAUUCAUCCUAAAUCUGUUAAUGUGCAACAAACAGAAUUUCAUUAUAAGUGGCUUAUCUAUCACCUGAAGAUGAGAACAAGUAGUAUAUACUUGUAUGACUGCACAGAGGUAUCUCCCUACUGUCUCUUGUUCUUUGGCGGUGAUAUUUCCAUCCAGAAGGAUAACGAUCAAGAAACAAUUGCUGUAGAUGAGUGGAUUAUCUUUCAGUCUCCAGCACGAAUUGCCCAUCUUGUGAAGGAAUUAAGAAAGGAACUAGAUGUCCUUCUGCAAGAGAAGAUUGAAAACCCUCAUCCUGUAGACUGGAAGGAUACUAAAUCCAGAGACUGUGCGGUGCUGUCUGCUAUUAUAGACUUGAUCAAAACACAGGAAAAGGCUCCCAAGAACUUUCCGCCGCGGAUCCAGACUGGGUAUUACAGCUGACAACUUUUUGUGCUCAUCUGAAAAGCCAAUUUGACAGCCAUUGUCCAUCAUAGUUUAAAAAUUUUAUCUCUAUACCGAGCCUUGGGCCAUGACUAAUUCCUGUGUAUAAGGUAGAACCUUAGAAAUCCUCAGUGCACCCUCAUGACUUGCUGUGCAUGACUUACUGACUUAGCACCGUUAGCCCUAGGUGGUACUUAUAAGUAUACCGUGGAAUGGCCAUACACUCUGCGUGUCAUGCCCACCUCAUGAGAGUACUCAUAUGUAUUGUUAUACAACUGGAGAAAUUCCUUUGUUCCGUGGUAAAAAUUACUGUUGCUCACCAUAAAGACUCAUUAUAGAACCAGUUUUUAAAAAAAAUAGGUUGCUUAGACAAAAGGCAGUGUCACACAAGAAUUUGAACACAAUCACAUUUUUAAAAAUGAAACAUCUACCAGAAGCAAAUUCAUUUGUUGUAAGAAUGCCCAGAAUUUAAUAAAAUGUAUAGUGUGUAAAUCUCA